GGCAGCGCAAAGGCCGCCCGAUGGUGCUGCUGCAGGGCAGCGGCGGCGGGGGAGGUGCCAGGCGCCUUCUGCGGCUCGUGCUGGGCUCGCCGUCGCGGAGCCUGCGCCUCUGGCUGCUCCCCGUGCUGCUGCUGGCGGCGCUCGGGCACGCGUGGACCUACCGCGAGGAGCCCGAGGACAGCGACAGGGAAGUGUGUUCGGAGAGCAGAGUCGCCACCACCAAGUACCCCUGCCUGAAGCCCAGCGGAGAGCUCACCACCUGCUUCAGGAAAAAGUGCUGCAAGGGAUAUAAGUUUGUUCUUGGGCAAUGCAUCCCUGAAGAUUAUGAUGUCUGUGCAGAUGCUCCUUGCGAACAACAGUGCACAGACAACUUUGGGCGGGUCUUAUGUACAUGUUACCCUGGUUACCGGUACGACCGUGAAAGACACAGGAACAGGGAGAAACCCUAUUGCUUAGAUAUUGAUGAGUGUGCCACAAAUACUGAGCCUCUCUGCCCCCACAUCUGUGUCAAUACCGUCGGCAGCUAUCGAUGCGAGUGCCAUGAAGGCUAUAUACGUGAAGAUGAUGGGAAGACGUGCACCAAAGGAGACAAAGCAGGAUAUUCGGAGAAGACGGAUAAUGUGGUGAAGCCAGGAACCUGCUGUGCAUCUUGCAAAGAAGUCUAUCAAAUCAAACAGACAGUGCUGCAGCUGAAGCAAAAGGUUGCUUUGUUACCAAACAACGCCGCUGACCUUAGCAAGCCAAUAACUGGGGAAAAGGUGCUUGCGUCCAGUGCCUAUAUACCAGGUCCUCCUGGACAGCCAGGUGAUCGAGGCCCUCCAGGUGCUGCAGGGCCAAAAGGAAGCCCUGGAUUUCCUGGAUCUCCUGGUCCUCCAGGUCUGCCAGGCCCAAGAGGAGCAAUGGGGCCUAUGGGGCCAUCUCCAGACCUGUCCCAUAUUAAGCAGGGCAGAAGGGGCCCUGUGGGACCUCCAGGGGCACCAGGGAGAGAUGGAGCAAAGGGCGAGAGAGGCGCACCAGGAGAAAGGGGACCAUCUGGGCCACCAGGAUCUUUUGACUUCCUUUUGCUGAUGAUGGCAGACAUCAGGAAUGACAUUGCAGAGCUGCAGGAGAGGGUGUUUGGGCACAGGACUCAUUCCUCAGCAGAAGAGUUUCCAUUACCUCAGGAAUUUACAAACUAUCAGGACAUGGUGGAUUUGGGAUCCGGAGAAGACUACAAACAAAGGACUAUAUCAACAGACUCCAGGACAUACAGAGAAGGCCAUCAUUAAACAGAGCUUGCGACACAAAUAAUUAAAAAAUGUAGGGUGAUGAUCCACAAGUCACUUAAGCCAGCAUACUUGCACAUAUCCCAGCUUUGCCCCAUGGACUAUCACAUUCUUUUCUCUAAGCAUUGCAGGCAGAACCAAAUUAAGAAUGGAGCUUUAUGAUCAAUAGGUUUGUGUGACAUACCAGCUGCAGAAAUGUAUCAUUUCAGACUGAAAGUAGGGAACUGCAUGUUUGAGUGCUCCCCACAUUUUUUUAAAAGGUUCAUGUAAAAAAAAAACAACACCUAGCAUAUCAAGAGUUUUUGUGCUGCCUUCUUCCUGAUGUGCUAGCACUUGUUUUUAUGUGCAGGAAGUUUUUCAAAGGGGCAGGAUCCAAACAUUUUAUAUUUUAGCUGCAGAUGAAAGUGGUGUAUUCCUGCAUAAAUCACAUGUGUUUGCUAAUUGUGUAGUUCAGUCCCUAUAAAAAGGGGUACAAGGGUUGAAACAUAUUUUGGGCCAUCUGUGAACCUUAAGCCCCACCUCUUCCUCUGCCAGCUUUCACAUCUAGAGGGAUGACUUUGCAGAUGCAGCUAUGAGCACCCACUCAAACACCCUUCAUCCUUUCUUACCCCUUGAAUCAGCUUCAGUGCAAACAGUACGCUGCCCUUCAUGCUGACCAAAAUACUGGUUUAUUCUGAACUUUUCCAUAUCCCCAAGCACUUUCCAUUCUCCCCAUUUACAAAGGGAGAGCAGUUGCUGUAUUUGAAGAGUUAACAUACAGAGAAAAGCCCCAUUCAGACAUUAGGACUGUUCUCGCAACCCUAAAUGGGAUCAGAGGAGUGCCCAGUCAGGGUAGGAGAGCCGUGCGAACUCCCAAUAGGUGAUCACAUUUGCAAAGAUCAAGGUAGGGGGAGAGGAGAAUGACACAACUGUCCAUCACGAGAAUGCAUGGCUCUCCUAACCUGGUUGGGUGCCCUGGUUUUGAUCAUGAGAAUGCAACCAUUAUGUUAUACAUGUGUUUGGGUGUCUGUACAGAUUUCAUGUUGGUCUGGGAAUGAUUGUACAUGCCUUCAUUUUAAAACUGAACCUGGCUACGGGCCCCUCACAUGCAGCCUACAGGUAGGAAGUGAACUAUUGUACAUGAGUUGAACAAUGUGUGAAUAAUUGUGCAUGUGUACAGGUGGAUCUUGGCACACGCAGUCCCAGCAAUCACGUUUUUGCGUAUCUGCAGUCCAACCUCGGUAUAUGCGGGGAGGGGGAGGUUUAAAAAGGGUUAAUGUCUAUGUAUCUGCAGUUUCAGGGUGGCCGUAAAUGACCUCCAAGCUAAUUUCUGACCACCAUUUUGAAGAAAGGAGCCAUUUUGUGGCUCUUUUGUGUGAAAAAAGAUUCCCUUCCCCCCCCCCACGAUUUUUUGUGGGGAAAUAGGCAAAAAUCGGCAUUUGGGAGGGGGCAUUGCUGGACAGCUAGGGACCCACAGAGCACAGUAGGGCACUUUCCUAUCUUGACUUCUGCCAUUUUUAGCCCUUUUUCGUGCAUUUUUUGCCCUGCAGGAACCUAACUCCCCAAUCACCAUAUACCUAAUGCCCUAUUAUCUACAGUUUCAUUAUCUGCAGAAAUCAACAGUAAAGGAACCCACACAGAUAACAGGGUCCACCUGUACAGAUAUUUAUGUGUGUACACAUUACACAGAUUGUAUGUACAAUGGACAUAAGAUAAACAGGGCUAAUAUUUCUAAAGUGUAUCCGUUUUACUCCAUUAACAUUCUCUACACUUUAACUUUUCAAAUACUAUGGGCUGGUUGAAAUCUCACACAGAACCAUAAUUAAAUCUUGGUUCCACACAAUAUCCCUGAGCCUCAGGAGCAUGCUCUCUUCCUGUUCCUGCUCAUGUGCAAAUCAGAAGAAUUCUAUUUCCAGCUGUGGUUAGCAUCAAACCAGAUUCACUUGUGACUUCCAAACCAACUGAUCUUGGUUUAUUCUGACCAAAGUGCUUGAAAUAAAGGGCGAGUUCAGAUGACCUGCAGCAAGUAGGCUGGAGGAAACUGGAGGUUCCUGGCAACUGUGUGCUCCUGGCAUAAGCCAGUACUUCUGUCCCUUUGCAUGUCAUUCAAACCCAUCAUAUCAGGUGGAUGCUGCCGGGUUUCCUCCACUGCCCAACACUCUCUUCAACUUGGUUAUAGACUCUGGGUAAAUGUCGGGCAGUAGAGGGGACUCAACAGUGUCCACCCAACACUUCUGGGUUCAGAUUACACAAAAUGCACACGUCCGGCUCAUGCUGGGAGCACACACUCACCAGUAACCUCCAGUUCCUCCUACUUACUUUCCACAGGUCACCUGAAACCCACCUCCAAUACUGAGAUCUGAAUUCAAGCUUUGAAGUGGCUUUCAGUUUGUGGUUUAUUUCAAGGAAGCAAGGACUAGAGUAAACCAAAAUCGGUUGGUUCAAACAAUCCAACUGAUCUUGGUUUGUUCCUAACCACAGGCAGUAGUAGAAUUCUUCUGACCUGUGCAUAGGCACAGGGAAAGUGUGCCUUUGAGGAUCAGAACAGUUGUGCAGAACCAAAAUUUAAUGAUGGUUCUGUGUAACAUCUGAACUGGCCCACUAACUACUCUCCCGAUGCAAGACAGAAUGGAAUGGACUCUGGGAUGUUGUGAAGUUCAGCAUUAUGCCAUAGCAUGAGUCUCGGUUUGGUUGCUCUCUGCUUACUUUGGAGGGCUAGGAGUAGGUACACCCUGUGGCCAUAAGAGACUCGAUGCUUUCCCAAUUAUAUAAUGCCAGUUCCUCCCUCUUUCUGCACCUGCAUUACAGGGUGUGCAGCAAGGGGGACGGGCUGCCUGCGGCCAUGCAACAGUGUAAUGGUAGCACAGAUAUGGAAAUCCCUUAUCCAUACUAGUGUGUAACUUGUGUUCUGACACAGACAAGGACAUUCCAAUUGCACCAGUAUAGCCUUCUAUGGCCAAGAGGCCUGUAAGCCGGCCUACGUACAAGUACAGUGGCUUAAAUGGCUCGUAGAUUGCACUGUUAAAGAGUUGUACAAUAUUUUUUAAAAUGCACUGAUAAUGGAUAAAAUUAUAUAUGUAUUUUAUUGUCCAAA